AUGAAGUUAAAUACAUUAAUUUCGUUUUUCUCUUUUGUGUGUCUUUUUUUUCGUGUUCUUUCUUGUGAAGGAAUUCACGAAAAAAAAAAAAUUAAUUUAAAAAUAGAAUUAAUCGAUAAAGAUGUAUUAUUAUCGGAUGAUCAUUUAAAAAAAGAGAAAGUUAUUAUGCAAGAUGGUAGAAAGAUUAAAAUUAAGAAUUUUGAAAGAAUUAAAGAGAAUGUACUUGAGAGAGCUAUAAUUGUAAAGGAGCUUGAUAAAUUGAAAUAUAUCAAUACAAAAAAGGAAGCUAUAACUUUAGAAACAUUAGAUGACGAUAAUGAUGAUGAUGAAAACAAUGAAGUAUCAUCCAAUGAUGAAAAUAAUAAUGAUGAAAAUAAUAGUAAUGAAAAUAAUAGUAAUGAAAAUAAUAGUAAUGAAAAUAAUAGUAAUGAAAACAAUAUUGAUGAUAGUCAACAAGUCGAUGAAGAACAACAUAAUAUGAAAGUAAUUUCUUCAGAAGAAUCUGUAGAGAAUGAUAUUCAUAUGUUACGUAAAGUUUAUCAAAGGGAUUCAGAGAAUGGUUCAACAACCUAUUGUUAUAUGAGAUAUACCUUUAAUUUUAAUUUGGAAAAAUUAAAUGAAAACAGUAGAAGCCAACUAUUUAAAGGAUUAGAUAAGACACUUGAUUAUUUAUCCUUUUUACCAAAAAAUGAAGAUGUAACAGACACUGAAUCAAUACUAGAUAAUGAAUAUAAGAUGUUAGAUAAUACUCUUGGGGACACUGAUCCUAUUGUUUCUAAUGUAGAAUUGAAAAAUUAUAAUUUUGAUAUAAUUAGUACUUCUGAAUAUGCUGAUACUAUAGAUGAAAUUAUAAACUUUUUAAAUACACGAAAGGAUCAAUUAAAUAUAUCAACCUCUCUAAAAUAUAAAUUAAUGGAAGCAAAAAAUAAUUUAAAUAAAUAUAAUAAUAAAGACAUGUUAGUGAAUAAUCCACGUGAUAGUAAUCUAUAUCUUUAUGAAUGGUUACAACAUUUAAAUAAGGCUUUUUUAGAAAAGAAAAAAGCAUUGGAAUUGUUGAAUGACACAAAGGAUAUAAAAGAAAAUUAUAAUGAUAAAUUAUUUGCGAAUUCAGUUGAACAAUUAUUUUAUUGUUAUAAUUUAUUUGAUGUGUCUAAUGAUAGUGUAGAUUCUUUUUUUUUGAAUAAUAUGGGGAAUAAAAAGGAAUCUGAAGAAGUUAAUAUUAAUAUUCAUAAACCAUUAUCCAGAGAAUUGUUAAGUAAGAAUAUUGAUGAUAAUGCUGAUGAUGAGUUAACUAAAUGUAAAUCCUUUUUAAGUUUGAUAACCCCAAAUGAACUAUUUUUAAAUGAUGAUUUGGGUAUUUCACAUAAUGAUAUGGAAAAAGCUGAUAUUGAUAUGAACCAAGAGGAAGACGAAGAUGAAGAAUAUGAGAACAAUAAAAAUAAUGAUAUGUUAUUGAACAAUUUAAAUGUACAAAAUAGAGAUAAGCUUGUUAAAAGUAUGGGUGAAGAAGAUGGUGUAGAAGAUUCGAAGAAUUAUGAAAUGAAUAACAAUGAAAUGGAUUCAUUAGAUGUAUCGUCUUUAAGAAAGAAUAAAUCUUAUUUAGAAAACAAAGAAGCGUUUAGUCAAUUAACACAGGAAAUAAAAAAUGACGAAAUGACAGAGGAUUAUGACUACAGUUAUGAUAUUGACAGUGAAGAAGAGAAUAAAGAGGGAACUUAUGAAGAUAGCGAUGAGGACAGUGAAGAAGAGAAUAAAGAGGGAACUUAUGAAGAUAGCGAUGAGGAGAGUGACGAAGAGAGUGAUGAGGAGAGUGAUGAGGAGAGUGAUGAGGAGAGUGAUGAGGAGAGUGAUGAGGAGAGUGAUGAGGAGAGUGAUGAGGAGAGUGAUGAAGAGAGUGAUGAGGAGAGUGACGAUGAAAUUGAUGAGGAGAGUGAUGAGGAGAGUGAUGAGGAGUGUGAUGAAGAGAGUGACGAUGAAAUUGAUGAGGAGAGUGAUGAGGAGAGUGAUGAAGAGAGUGAUGAAGAGAGUGAUGAAGAGAGUGAUGAAGAAUUUGAUGAAGAGAAUGAUUAUGAUAAUGAUGAUGAUAAUGAUGAUGACAGUGAUGAAGAAUUUGAUGAAGAGGAUGAUUAUGAUAACGAUGAAGAGAAUGAUUAUUACAAUGAUGAAGACGAUGAAGAAAGUGAUGAAGAACUUGAUGAAGAAGUAUAUGAUAAUGAUUACGAAAAUUUACAUUACAAAGGGAAAGACAACUAUUCAAAUUACAGUUUAAAAAGUGCUUUAAGUGAUUUAGCUAAAAGCGGUACUAAUCACUUAAUAGAUAAAGCAACAAAUAGUAUUUCAAGUGCUUUAAAAAAAAACUUUAAUAAAAAAAAAAUAACAGAUAAAUCAAAUAAACUCUUCGAUAAAAUAAGCAAGGGUCUUAAUAAUAGUAAAAAAAUUAUUAAUAAAACAAAGAAGGAUAUUAAAAAAGGGAUUAACAAAGGGGCAAAACUUAUAAAAGAUACAAAAAAGGAUGUAAAGAAACAUGUUAAAAAUACUAAAGAAAAAGGAAAGAACUUGACUAGAAAAGCUAAAAAGGUAGUUAAAAAAGGUAAUGACAUAGUUAAAGAAAAUGCCCAAAUUGGAUUGAAUAAAGUAAAAAAGGGAACAAAAAAUGGUAUAAAUAAAGUAAAAAAAGGAGCAAAAAAUGGUAUAAAUAAAGUAAAAAAGGGAACAAAAAGUGGUAUAAAUAAAGUAAAAGAAGGAGCAAAAAAUGGUAUAAAUAAAGUAAAAAAGGGAACAAAAAAUGGUAUAAAUAAAGUAAAAGAAGGAGCAAAAAAUGGUAUAAAUAAAGUAAAAAAGGGAACAAAAAAUGGUAUAAAUAAAGUAAAAGAAGGAACAAAAGAUGGUAUAAAUAAAGUAAAAGAAGGAACAAAAAAUGGUAUAAAUAAAGUAAAAGAAGGAACAAAAAAUGGUAUAAACAAAGUAAAAGAUGGAGCAGAAAAUGGUAUAAAUAUAGUAAAAGAGGGUGUAAAUAAUGGUAAAAACAAAAUUAAAGAAGGUUCAAAGGAUGGUAUAAAUAAAUUAAAGAAUGAAGUAGAUAAAGGUGUUAAUAAAGUAAAAGAGUACGCACAAAAUGGAGUUAACCAAGUUAAAAAUGGAACAAUAAAUGCUUUAGAAGAUGCUAUAAAGGAAAUAUCAAAACCUACUGGAAAUUUACGCUUUAAAGAAAAAGAAAGUAUUAAUAAAGUGAAUACAUCACCUAAUAAAGUUACAAAUAAAAAAGGAAAAACACCAUUAAAUAACACAAAAUCUGAUGAAAAAAAAAAAUCAAAUGGUCGUAAAAUGUCUCUAAUAAGUUUAACAGAAGUAUCAAAUAAGAAAUCCUUGAAUAAGAACAAAAUUAAAAAAGAGAUAAACAAAAUUAAUAAAGAAUACAAAAAAUUGAAGAAAAUGGAAAACAAAAUGAAGAAAGAAUUGAAUAAUCCUAUUCCUUCAGACAAAAAAAUUAUAUCAGAGUUUGAUGAUUUUGAAAAAUCAAAUGAAGUUAAAAAAAAUAAGAAUAUAUAA